AUGUCAACUCCUGCCCAGCUCGCCCAACUGCGCGCACACUUGCGACCCCUGAUGUACACACUCUCCUUCGCCUCGCUCGUCACCGUUAUGGGCAUCAUACACUUCCUCUUCCUCCGCUUGGACCGUAGUAGGUUCUUGCUGCUCGGCAUGUUCUCGUGCCUGGGCAUGCUCUACGCCGCGGGCUUCUUCUACUUGCUCUGGCGAGACCUUCGCCUGCGUCCGUUCCAUGCUAAUCGUGGACGUGUGCGCCCUCGCCGUCCUCGUCCACUUGGCCCUGACAUGCUGCUGGACGCUAUUGAUAAGCGAUCUGUACACCUUUUUGCUGUUCGUCAUUGGGACGGUAGUGCUGAUGCAGGCGCUGGCGCUGGCAUCAACACCGACAGAUCUCCAACUACCGCUCGGCUGGACCAAGCUAAAGCUCACACCAGAGCUCUCAGCAACUCGUUCAAGACUGUCACAAGCAAUGCCAUGAGCGUCGGGGCUAAGGGCUACGGCUACUCCGCACUGCCCAAUAACAGCCCUCCAACGAUGCAGUCGCUCACAGUGGAAGACGACGACACUCCCAUCGAGAUAAAGGAGUUGAUCCCUCGCAGCGCUCAUGACCUCGAAACCAACAGCAGUUUCACCGGAAAAGGUAGCGUCGAGACUGCCGCGGCAGGCUGCGAGGAAGAGGAAAGCUUUGCCCACAACAAAUACACUGUUCAGCAUGUCAUCUUUCACGAUCAGCUACUCGCUCAGGUCACCAACCAGUCGCGGCGCUUCAAAUUGACCACCAAUCUGUUUGCCCACCUCGCCUCGAAUGGAGUCCCUCGUCGAAGCAACAUGACUUUUCGCUUCCUCCUGCCAAACGAUCUCGCCAGAGCAAAAGACUGCGCAACCCAGAUGCCAUGCACGUCGAUCCGCAACCACAAGACACUCACCAAGCACCCCGUCGCCAUCCUACGCUAG